AAUGAUGAUGUAGCAGCGAUGUGCGCGCCGGCCGCCGCGGCGCUCCUGCUCGCAGCCCUAGCUGCCCUGCCUUGUAGAGGCACCGACACCGACGUUGCCGCAAGGAUAUUGAACGAAACCAACAAUUUUCAAGAGACCGGCUCACAACCAACUAUAAACAAACUCUAUCAAAUGUUACAUGCUAACUUUGACCUACAUAAUCAAAGCAAACUUGUCGAAAACUUUAAUUACUCUAGUGUUAAUCUCACAGACAGUUUUAACUUAUACAACAAUCUUAAGUAUCCCACAAGUGUAGAUAAGAAUCAAGUUGAAUGCUGUUUGAAUGUUGAUCACAGUGAUAACAAAACAAAUAUAAGUUUUCCAAACGAGGGUGCUAAAGUUAUUGUAAAUAAUGUGGACGAGGUAGAUGAGAAGAAGAAUAGGAAAAGACGGGUUGUGAAUGUGGUUCGAACGUUUAUAGAAGUCACUACGUCUGACACGAGGAGGUAUAUUGAGGCCACUGGCUCGUCGUUGCUCUCAAGUCAUCCACCUUCGUUGAUGGAGAGGAGAAGAAAGCCUGGGGAGACAGGUUCCAGUGCCCCACUUCUAAACUACAUCUUCGAUACAUACUCCAAUACACAUCAACAUAGAAAUGAGAAGGUGGGGAAUGGCAACAGUAUUUACGCGGCGGCGGCGCCCGAGAUAGAAGCUUUGGUCGGAUCUACCGCUCAUUUAGACUGCAAAGUGGACGCCCUUCAUGAUAAACUGGUUUCCUGGGUGCGGCGGAAAAACGAUGAAGAUCCUAUGGAGCUGCUGACCACGGGUACACAACAGUACACAGCUGAUGAUAGGUACUCAGCCCGCUUCAUACCUCCAGACAUAUGGCGGCUGGAAGUGCGGGAGGUCCGUCCGACUGACGCAGCGCACUACGACUGUCAACUGUCGGCGCACCCACCUCGGACUGCGAGGGUCACGCUGAGGGUGCCUGAAGUGUCAGUGCGCAUAGUAGACGGCGCCGGCGCAGCGGUAUCAGAGCAAGUCUGUGAGGUUGGCAGCACUGUAGCUCUGCGGUGCGAGGUCAACGGCCUGAAGAUGGAGGGGGGGCCGUCCUUGCUGUGGUAUAGGAAGGAUGAUCUACUUAAUGAUGACACUACUAGGGGUGGGAUAAGUGUACGGACCGAGUUCGGUUCAAAUGGCGCGAACUCAAUACUGCGCGUGGCGCGCGUGCGCGGUGACGACGCGGGCCGCUACACGUGCGCGAUCGCACGCGCGCCGCCCCCGACGCCGUCGCCUGCGCAUGUCAUACUGCAUGUUAUUAAAGGUGAGAGCCUAGCUGAGCUGCAUCAGGGCGGCAGUCGGACAUUUACCUCGUCGUGGGUGCUAACGAUGGCACUGUGCGUCCUUUUACAAGCCUAAUAUUAACAUUUGUUUAUUAAUAAAUUGUUCG